AUGCGGACGUCGCGGUCGGGGUUCGAUCCCAAGACCUUCAGAUCAGCUGUCGAGCAUAACCCCUGGACCACCGUCACGGGCAAGCUGAACAAAGGAACUGGAAUGGCGGGGGGUGAUGUGCUGCAGGUUCGUGUGGACCCCUGCGAAAAGCUGCCUUGCACAUUCAAGAAAGGCCGGUCGGCGAAAAUCGAGAUGGACUUUCACAGCGCAUACAACCAGUCUAGCGUGAGCGUGGGCAUCAUGGGCAAGUCUCACGGCGUCCUGCUGCCGCUGCCGUUCAACCAGAAGGACGGCUGUACAAGCUCGGGCCUCGACUGCCCUCUGCAGGCCGGUCGGAACUACACUGUCGCACGCGCAGUCAAGGUCUACCGCAUUUAUCCAAAGAUGGAGAUUCUCGCGGUGUUCCAAGUGAGCGGCAACGGAGGAGACGUAUUGGCCUGCGUCGAGUUCCCCAUACACAUCAUGUGA